AUGAAGGGAUCUUUUCUUUCUCUUACCCUUGCGCUCGCUGCGCCCUCUCAGGCGUACCUCCGCUUCGGAUGUGCCACCCUCAGCGUCCAGCGUUUGGACCCUCUCGUUGAACCCGGCGUCGUCCCUUCGGCACAUCUCCACCAGAUCGUUGGUGGAAAUGGCUUUAACGCAACCAUGGACCCUACCCAAGACGUCAGUCAGAGGGCUACUUGCACAACCUGCACAUUUUCCGAGGACUUCUCUAAUUACUGGACCGCUGUCCUAUACUUUAAAGCCCGUAAUGGAACAUACAAGCGUGUACCCCAGUAUCCAAAUGCUCUAUUAGGUAAUAUUAAGGGUGGGAUGACCAUCUACUACCUCCAGGAGUCGUUCAACUCGAACGGAAACCAGAAGAUCACAGCUUUCAAGCCUGGUUUCCGCAUGACCGUUGGAUCACCGGAGAGCAAAGACGGUACCAACCCCGGCCUACGUUAUACUUGUCUGCAGGACGUUAUGACGAGGUUCCCCGAAACCGCCGAGUUCCCCAAGGAGCCGUGUAAAGCGGGCAUCAUGGCUAUUCACCACUUUCCAGCAUGCUGGGAUGGCAAGAACCUCGACAGCCCCAACCACCAAGACCACAUGUACAACACGAACAGGGGAGGGUUCACAACUGCCGGCGCCUGCCCAUCGUCGCAUCCCGUCCGUGUACCCCAAGUUGCCUAUGAGACUAUGUGGGACACAACUCCAUUCAACGACAAGUCUAUAUGGCCCGCGGACGGUUCUCAACCCUUCGUGUGGAGCUAUGAAGACAGCGUAGGUUACGGAACUCACGGCGACUACCUCUUCGGCUGGAAGGGCGAUGCUCUUCAGCGCGCCAUGGACUCCACGCCUCUCCUCAGCAACGGAAUUACAACUCAGAGUGUAGACCAGGCGAAUAAAUGCACCAUCAAGAGCACCGUCAAUGAGGAUAUCGACGGAUGGGUUACCAGUCUCCCCGGCAGACACAUGGAUAUGUAG